AUGACUACAGUUAGAACGGUAAAGUUAUGAAAGUAUUGAUAAAACUCGAGUUUUGUCAGAUUAGGGAAAUCGCUGUUCUUGUGAUCGCAGCAACACGUGCUCUGGGUUUUGAAUUGUUCAGAAUGACUAUUUUUGGUGAAGAAUAUGACAUUUUGUGUUUUUUUUAUUAUUUGGAUGUACCUACAUUGGCUCUUGUUGUACCUCUAUCGUUCAUUCUCAACAGAAAAAAACUAUUCAAGAACCAUCAAACUUAUCAAGAAUCAGAUUUGAAUCAAGUUUUUUUUUCUGUGAGAUUACUCAAUUAAUAAACGUGUGUGAACUUGAUUCUUGUUUGUGAAAAGGGGUCUAUGCUUUGAGUUUCACAAUUUGCUGAAUUCGCUUGGAAAUCGCUUGCUUUCACGUUUCAACUAGGUCCUGACAUUUGGAAACUUGACGAAAUCUUCAAGAACGCUUUUCCUCUGUUCCCGCGAAAGAUCAUGAUGAAAACAGGUGAAAAUUUCCUGUUCAGCUUCAAUUUGGGCAAUUUUCUUUCAUUUCGGACUUAUCAUGCCAUCGAGCGCGUACUUCGAAUUUGGAAUAGACGACGAUGGUCUCAAGAUAUUGUUUGUGGUUCCAAUUCUUGUCAGUUUCCCGUUUAUUCUACUAUAUUUCGUUUACGCGUAUCUCAUGCUCAAUUUUCGAGAAGAAAUAGCAAACUUUGUGAGUUCCCUUAAAAUCUGCCAUUUUUCAGAACUAUUUACAGAAACACAAGUUGAUCCUGUGGAAUCAAUUUUUCAUGGUCACUAUUAUUUUCUGUUUUGAACUUUUUGUGUUUUUCAUGCUGUUUCUUUUUCUGAUUUCUUCCAGGUAUACUUGAUCAAAGUAAAUACUGGAUACAGAACUUCAGAACUGCCGUGUUGGCAGUUUUCUUUUUCAUGAGUCUCAACAUCCCGUUCUUUUUCUACGCUUCGACCAUUUUUUGCCUAUUUGAUAUGAUAACGGCUAUACAGAGGCUUGUACUCAUUUUCGGAAAUUCAAAAUAUUCUUUUCUUGUUACUGGGUGAAUACAAAAUAGAUUCGAUUGGGAAACUCCGUUUAUUUCAGAAAAUGUUUGAAAAACUACAUCACGGUGGUUUGGAUGACCCUCCCAUUAUUUUACGUUUUUAAAUAUGGUCUGUUGUGUUUUUCCAAGCAAAAAUAAGAGCUUGUGAUUUGGUUAUGAUUUCCUAUCUUUUGAAUCGAAAAUUGAGAAAAGCCCAAAUUUUUUUUAUAUCGCCUUUAUAUGAAGUUUUAGGAGCUUGUCCCGACUAUUUUUGCGACCACGACUUUUCUUGUGAAGGCAACCGAAAAGCUUACAUUUUCUAUCAUGUGAGUUGUGUGAACAAGUAUAUUACUAUGAAAAAACACUACAGAUUUACGAAAUCAGCGUUUAUUUCAUAAAUUUGUUCACACUCAUAGCUUACAUCAUCAUUUAUCGUCACAUCACUGGGUUAACUCAAAUUUCCUUGGAGAAGAAACAUUUUGAGAAGUUCAUCCUGCUCCAGGCCAUGCCUAUGACCGUGAUUAGAACGGUUAGAACAAUGACUUCAAACAUUUGUGUUAAUUUUAUCAGAUAAGAGAAAUAGCUGUUCUCGUGAUCGCAGUAACGCGUGCUCUGGAUGUGGAGUUGUUCAAAGUGACAAUUUAUGGGGAAGAAUAUAAUAUUUGGUGUUAUUUUUACUAUUUGGACGUCCCGACAUUGGCUGUAGUUGUACCUUUAUCGUUUAUUCUCAAUAGGAACAAUUAUUCACGAACCAUCACAUUUAUAAGACGUCAAAUAUGAAUGUCUAUAAUUAUUUCCGUUGUAAGCAACUCGAAAGCCUCUUUGAUUAACAAAGAAGAAACUGUUCUGAACUUCUUAGUGUUAUGAAGACGUUUGAAAAUCAAUAAAGAUUGUAUAAAAUUGAAAAUAAAAUGAUGAAUCACGGGGUCGAAGAAUCUGAAUCAGACACCGAUCUUCGUAAAAUCUGUUAUCAACGUCCCCGGAACUUUUUCAACCCUUGUUCAUGGAAAGGUUAUCCCAACAACAGGUGAAAAGUUUCCAGUCAACUUGAAAUUAAGAAAGCUUCAAUUUUUCGAUUAACAUGCCUUCGAGUGUUUUUCUUAACUACGGCAUAAACGACCAACUUUUUGCGACACUCGUUAUCUUCGCAAUUAUUUUAAGUUCCCCAUUAAUUAUAAUAUACCUUAUUUACGCUUAUCUGAUGCUCAAUUUCCGUGCGGAGCUUUCAAACUUUGUGAGUUUUGGUAAGAAAAAAAAUGCCCUUCUUACAAAAAACAUUCGAAGAAGCACAAAUUGAUCCUGUGGAAUCAAUUCUUCAUGGUCACCAUCAUGUUCUUCUUCGAACUUUUCCCAUUCUACAUGCUGUUUCUUAUAUUAUUCUCCUUUGAGUUAGUUUCACUUGAGUUUAAUGAGAAAAUCAAUUUAGAUCUGUCGUGCUUCUUUUCGGCGCCUUUGUCAUAAUGAAUAUUCCGUUCUUUUUCUACUCAUCGACCAUGUUUUGUCUAUUUGAUAUGCUGAUGGCCAUACAACGGCUAGUACUCGUUUUUUUGACCGCUCGAAAAAAAUAUGAUUUUUCUCGUCACUGGGUUUUUUUCCAAAAAUUCAAAUAUUAGUUUUUUUACAGAUAAAUGUUUCAGAACUUGUUUGAAAUACUAUAUUUCUGCCGUUUGGCUGCCACUCCCUCUAUUUUACGUCUUCAAACACGGUUUUUUGGUUUUCAAGACUGAAUCUUGGUUUUUCAUGUCAAAGAGAAUCUGGAAGCGGAAUUCAUAAUUUUUUCUUUUGGGCUAUGUUUUUUUUUUCAGUUUUCAUCAAUGGCUCAGGCUACCAUUGAAUUUUUCCCUCACAAGGAAACUUCCUGAAUAUUCAUAAAAAAAUAAUAAAAUCAUUAUUACCAUAUUACUCUGUAAUAUAUCAGAUGAAGAUUCUGAAAUUUUCAAUCUGUACAACUUACUAGUUCUUAAUAAUCGAGAAAAAAAAGAAAAUCAUUGAAAAAAAAAGUGAAAAAGUCCAUCUUUUUCAAGAGGAUCUUCUAGAACAUAAAGGAAUAUUCUGGCCAAAUUCCAGGUUAUUUUCCAGCCGCAGGUUGAAAUGUACUCCCGUAAAAAAAAACAAUUGGCAGACUGUAGUCUCUAGAAAAAAAUAAAGAAUUUAUUUGGUAAUUCCUUAAGACGUAGGAAACACAGAUUUAGUUUAGGAAUAUAAAUCCCACCUCUUAACUACAAGAUCAAGACCUCCUUCUCAUUUCAGGGUUUUGCUCGGACUCUUUCUGCGACCCUCAAUUUUCAUGUGAGGGCAAUCGAAAAGCCUACAUAUUUUAUCACGUAAGUUCAAAAAAAUAAUAAUUUUUCAAGAAUUACAGAUUUAUGAAAUCACCGUUUAUAUGAUAACUCUGUUCACAUUGAUAGCCUAUAUCACUAUUUAUCGUUAUAUCACAAACUUGGCUCAACUUUCGACAGGCAAAAGAAAUUACGAAAAAUUUAUCCUGCUCCAGGCCAUGCCGAUGACCAUGAUUAGAACGGUAAAAACCAAAAAAAUCAGCAAAAAUUGAUAAUUCUUAUAUCAGAUCAGGGAAGUCGUCGUUCUUUAUAUUUCACUAGCGCGUGCCUUCAAUGUUCGAUUGUCAAAAUUGAUCAUUUUAGGACAAACUUAUGAUGUUUUGUGCUAUAUUUAUUACUCAGAUAUCGCGACAUUAGCUCUGGUCGUUCCUCUAUCAUUUAUUCUCAACAAGAAAAACUACUCACGAGCUAUCACGUUGAUAAGAAAUCAAAUUUGAACUUCUUGUACACUUUUAAUAAAGCUUUUUUUAAAAUCAAAAGUGAUUGAAUAAAAAUAAAAAAACCUAUAUUUCGGUUUCUGAUUCAAGUUUCCCGAGUUUUAUGUUUUUAUCUUGAAUUUUCCUACGUUUUGAAUCACAUGAGCCGGUGAAAGUUUCGAAAAAAAUCAAACCUCUUUAUAAAAAAAUUGUUGUUUUGGGAGUACGUUUUGGCCACCUUAACAAACAAAAAAAUCACACAAACAAAGCACUAAUCAGGAAAAAAAUCUUAACUUUUUUUGAAAAAUAUCUCUGGAAUCGAGUCACUCUUCUUUGCACUGAAAAUAGAAAAAUCAUUAUUCGUGAGAAAAAUGAAGAAAAAUUUGAUUCAAACUCCAAAAAAAUGGUUUUUAGAAUGAAAGGCUCAAUAAAAAGACGACUGGUCAUUGCAAAUAAACAUUGCACUUGUAAAUUGAAGGUAUCAGUUAAAUUGAUUGAGAAAUUGGAAAUUUCGAACGAAUCGUCUAUGUAACUUUGAGUGAAUUGUUUUUUUUUUUGACGAAAACUUGGUGAAAAUGACAAUCUGGAUAAAAUAACACGGCACAGGACUCCUUAGAAGGUUCCAUCACUCGCUUCAUAUUUCGAAUCAGAAGAAAAUAAAAAUUAAAUGCAAAAAAGCGCGUUUUAGCGCACAGCAAAAUGAAAAAAAACUUGUUUCACGUGAGGUCCGCUGCUUGCGCCCCAGGCAUUUAAGCUGACGACGGAUUUGUUUCAAAAUUUUUCAUCAUUCCGAUCGACCUGGUUCUUUUUUCUUUCUGAAUUUACAUGAUUGUUAAUUUGUUUUGUAACUUCUCGUUCUAGCGUAGAAAAUUUAUGGGGCAUUCCAAGUGACUUCGCUGAAGUAGCAAUUUAAAUUUUUAAAUGGCAACAUUAUCGCAGGACUUUUUCAAAUUCGAAGUUUAGAUGCCGAAAAAGUUUUCUACAGAGAAUCCAAAAGUGACCGCCGCGCGUGACCGGAAAGCCACUGCGAAAAAGGAUGAAGUUGACCGCAAGCAAAAGGUUGGCGAGUUAUUAUUAUUUUUUUCGAUUAUAUUAUUUUUUAUGGUCACUUUCUUACGAAUUACAUGCAAAAAGUGGUUCAAUUGAAAUCAUAUAGGUCUCUAGGCUGCUGAAGACGCGUAUUGGGCCGAUGAUGACAAGUUGGCCAACAAAAAGAUUCAACGAAAGGUUUUUUAUCAGAAAAACUUCCUAUUGAUGAAAAAAUCGAACAGGAGGAAGAAGAGAGAAAAAAGUUGGAGGCGCAAAAAAGAAGGGAAGAACUCAAAAAGUUGGCCGAUGAUGAGAUGAACAGCCUUUCGAAGAAUCCACAAAAGGUGGUUCAACCUAAAGUCACUCGGUAAGUUGCGCUUUUUCUGAUCAAUAUUUUUCUACUUUUGAGCAUCCUAGUUGGGUUUCUUAUUUAAAAAUUUUGAGAAAAAAAUUGUUUAAAAAAACUCUUCUCUAGAGCUACGAUCGACAAAAAAAGCGCGAGUUAG